GGAAGGGGAGGGGGAGGAAGAGGGAAGCUGCUGCCUUCCUCCGUAAGAACUUAAAGCACUUUUAACAAACUCUUGUCAAUGUUUCCGUGAAAAGUUGGAAGCUUCGCGACGCGGCAGAGGAUCCCGCGGGACGAGGGGAGCCGCGGGGAGGCGAACGGCGACAUGUCGGAGCGAUCCGGAGCCGUCUGGAUGUGACUGGAGCAUGGAAGGAGAGAAAGAGACGGCUGAGGAGAAGGAGGAGGAAGAGGAGGAGAAGGAGCUUCAUCAUCAGACGGUGGUGGCGUCCUCUGCAAACUCCCAGGGUCUUCCCAUCAUGCACUGGGAGGAUCUGAGCCAGCGGAUUGCUGAGCUGGAGAAACAGGAGCAGCAGAGGAGGGAAAGGACAAAGAGGCUGACGGGGCUGAGGAUGGAGGAGGAAGAUGCGGAAGACGUGCAAAGGUGUCGAGUUGUCUCAUCACGAUUUCACAACCACAGAAACCUGCAGCUGUGCUUCAUCAACGACAGUGACAGCGAGGAAGAGGAAGAGGAAGCCGACAAAAAGGUCUUCACGUCUCUGCUGGUUCCCAUGGGAACAAGACACAACGGUUGCCAUGCCGCCGGGCUGAAACAGGAAGUGGCCACUGCUCUGAGAGUGCUGAGAGACAAGCUGCUGGCCGAACAGAAGGAGGAGCAGUGUCUGGCCGGCAGCAGCCAUGUGGCCGAGCGGAAACAUCUGGAACCCUGGCAGCUGCAGGAGUCUUCAGUUCAGCAGCUCACCAACACGAAAGCUUCACUUCAGCAGGAAGUUCAUGCUCUGAGCUCUGAACUCGUGGCCCAGCUGUUGGUUCGAGACCAGCUGAGGACGAAGCAGGACGCCAUGCUGCUGGACGUGCAGGACCUGACCUAACCACAGCACCACACUCCGGGUCCGUCCGUACAAACUCAUCCGAGCCGCCAUGUUCCUUCCACGCCACCGUGGACACCAGGACACUCUGGGACCAGUUCGAGCUGUGGGUUCCUGCCUGUCCAGAGGUUUACUCCAAAACUACCAGACUAAUUUAUCAAGCCGACACAUCACAGCCAACUAAGGGGGAGAUUUGGGACAACUGGAUGAUGCUCUGACAACGAGACGUGCAGAAAUAUGGAGAGAAAGUUCCAGAGUUGGUUUAUGUUGACACAACGGUGAAAUGAUGGCAGGAAUUUCUGCUUCAGUGAAGAAGCUCAGGUUUCUGAGAGUUUGGGGAAAACAGAUACCAGUUAGCAUGUUCAUCAGAUGGACAGGAGACAUUUCUUCAAACCGCUCUCAGCCUUUUAAAAUCAUUGACUUGAAAAAUGAAAACCUCGUUGGUUCAUAUUUUUAUUUCCCACAGUCCAGAGGAUGAUCUCUUAUCAUACAGAUCAUUUUAAUCAGUUUUGAUCAUCUACAACCUUUUAACUACAGCAGAUUCCUCAAAGAGCAGAAGACAACGGUGUCAACCGCAGAGAUUCAUAGACCUGUUUUAUCCGAGAUAUUAAGCUCAACAAUCAGCCCUAAACGCAGCGUUUAGGACGUCUCAGUGCUCUUAUUGUUCAAUGAGAAAAUGCUUGGAUGUUAAAGUAUAUCUGGACAAUCAUUGGACAUUUAAGGCCAUGUCCUCAUGGCAACAGAACCGAUUUUGGGAUGUGGUACCUAUGCCAGGCCUGUAGGUGGCGCUGACAUGAAACAUGCUUACAAAUUCACGUAUGUUAAGUUUGCAGGUGUAGGAGAAGUUGGGGCAAGGCAUCAUCGGUUCAGGAAAGCUGCGUUUGGGUGGUAAAGACAGAAACAAACAAUGGCUUUUUCAGAUUUAUUCACUUUGAGACUCAAGCUUCCAAACCGCCGAAUCCACAUAAACCAAAUGCCCAAACAGUGAAAAAUACUGAAGCAGAGAUCCACUUAAACUCGUUUCUGUGUAGACGUGGUCUAAAUGUGAUCAAUCAGACCUUCUCAGCUCUACUGAAGCUGAUUUUCCAUGUUUUUUAUAUUGUUGAAAUCUAAAUUUCAUCCUGACUUAAAGUUCCCGUUGAGUAGCUAAUUGAACGUACAAAUUUAAAUUUCAGAAAAGCGAAAUAUUGUAUUUCAUGGCAGGUUUUCUGAAGGUUGUUCCUCUGCGAGGACAGAGAAAUUUACUUUUCUCAAAAUAGCGACAACAAGAACAAAGUUCGUCCUGUCUAGGACAUUUUAUACUUAGAAAUCUGGUCCACCAGCAGGGGUCUGAGCGGGAUGGUGUUUAUCUGCCGUACAUGAUGUGUCGGCAUGGCCGUUUCUAGCCGUUUGAGAGCCAUAAGCAUGUUCGCUUAGUGGGGCCCCCCAAACACACACCUUCUCUGCUGCCCUCCAAACAAGAUGAUUCAUAUUUACCAGUGCAGUUGCUUUUAUUUACUAAGUAGAUACUCGCCAUUAACCCUCAGGCAUCAGUAUAAUUUAUUACCCUCUUAAGUCAUUAUGGAUAAAAAAUUCUACUUUCAAAGAACUGCUUUAAAACUUGACUAAUUAAUAUUUUUUUCUGCCUUUUUUGGCAUAUAUUUAUUAGAAAAUCUGAAGCCAAUCUCAAAACUACCAAAUAUUCAAUUUUUGUUAUUUUUAGGAUUUUAACCCUUUAAAUGGCUAUUUAAUUACUCGAUAUCACUGUUGUCCUUACCUUUAAAGAAAACAAUCCUAAUAAGUCACAUUAAAAACAUUUUCUGAUAUUACAGAAUAUAAUUAUGCAUUCUGUAAUGUUAGGGUUUCAUUUUCUAGAUAAAUAGAAAAAAAUUGUUUUUUAUUGCUCAGCUCUAAAAUCAGCUCCAUUACAGGCCUGAGCCUAAAGCACUGUUAGCUAAAUUAUAAUUUGUGGUGAGACUUUCUUAUUAAGAUUUGUGCCAUAUGCACUAAUGAUGAUGAUGGCCAGAUUAAGAGAUAAAAAUUUGGCCAAGUAGACAAAAAUAUUUGUAAUGAUGAACAAAGUAUAAUAUUCUCUUAAUAUUCUUAGAGUUCCAGAUACAGAUCAAUAUCAGCAACAGUUUUGCCAAAUCAUUUUAAAAUAAUAAAGUUAAACCUAAAAAACCCAAAUUAAAAUAACAAAACUACAACAAUGCUCCCAAAUAUUAAAUGGAUAAAUCAAAUUUACCACCGCCAUAAUAAACUGAGUUUUACAGAGUGUCAUUGAACAUGUCAGAAGCUACUGAUUGAUAGUAGUAUAACAUUUAUACUCCCAAUUUAAGGCUUGAAAACUGUCAGAAACUUAAGAAAUAAGGAGAAUAAAGUGAUUUUUGGAGAUUUGCUUCACUGUUGUGGCAAAGCACCUACACACCCAAAAUCCUCCCCCCAGAUAAUACCAAAUUCGUGUUUUUAUGAUCUGAGUAAUAACUUUAUUAUUUAUGCAUUAAAAAUGUAUUCAUUCAU